AUGACUGCUGCUGCUGCCACCCUCGCACCUUCCAUGAAGGAAAGAGAAAAGGGAGGGAGGUCUCUGUGGCUGAGUGGCCCGUGGAACAACUUGCCCGGGUUUUACUGUGACUUCUGCGAUUCGGACCCCACCCAGGACUCUCCAUCUGCGAGGAGGACACGCUGCGGUGGGAGGACAUGCAGAGAGAACGUGAAAGGUUACUCUCAGAAAUGGAUGGAGGAGCAGGCUCAGAGCCUGAUUGUGGAAACGAGCGCAGCACUUCAGCAAGGACAGCUACCUCCUGCUCCGUUCUCCGCCUCUCCUCCUGCGGUGGCGAUGAUUCCACCUCCCCCUGGUAUGAUGCCAGCGCCCCAUACGAAGCCCCCUCCCACGAUGCCAAUGAUGGGUCCUCCUCCUGGGAUGUUGCCAGUGGGACCUGCUCCUGGAAUGAAGCCACCUACACGAGGGCACAUGCCAUGGAUGCUUGGGAACCCAGUGAUGAGACCUCCCGCCCGGCCCGUGGAGGUGCCCACUCGGCCAGGAGUGACUCAAUCAGACAGAUAA